GUCAUCCUCAAAAUCAGCUACCCCUUCCUUACACGGAUAUUUCCAAGCUAAGCUCCCUAGCCUUUAAAAAAAAACAGUAAGCAAACAGAAGAAAGAAAUGGUGAUGGCCAUGGCAAUGAUGAUUGAAACCACCACAGCGGUCCGAUUCCCCCCCUCCACCACUCCUGCUGCAAACUUCUUCUCCUCCUUGCCCCGCAGCAGCCCUGUCAUUCUUUGGAAUAAAUUUCGAAGACUAAAUGAUGUUUCUUUCUUAAGAAGGAGCAGUCAUUUAAAGAGUAAGAUUCAAGCGUCUGCUGAGAAUUUAGAUUCAAACUUGGAUUCUUCAAAGCAGAAUGGUAAACUGCAAUACCAUCCAUCUGAGGGGAUUGCAGAGUCAACAUCAGAAACAAGUAGUGAUGCUAUGCUUACACCUCAAGAAACAUUUUGCAGAGCUAAUGUUGCCUGUAGUAUGUUAUGUCAGGCGAAAAGCAAAGCAACAUUAAUGUUGACUGGUGUGAUCAAUGAUGAUAUUCAUGAGAACAUUAUCUGGCCAGACUUGCCUUAUGUGACUGAUGAACAUGGGAAUAUAUACUUACAAGUGAAGAAUGAUGAAGACAUUUUGCAAACACUUACUACAGAAAAUAACUUUGUGCAAGCCAUUAUAGGGUUUGAUGCCACGGAAAUGCUCAGUGAGAUGGAGUCAUUGGGUACAUCAGAAAUUGAUUUUGGGGUUGAGGAAAUAGAAGAGGAAGAUAGUGAUGUUGAAGAUGGGGUCAACGAGGAUGAUGACGACUAUGAUGAGGAUUUGGUGGCUGUUCUUAAUGAUGAUGAUGAGGAAGAUGAUGAUGAUGAGGCACUUGGAGACUGGGCAAAAUUAGAGACUAUGAGCUCUUCUCAUCCAAUGUAUUUUGCCAAAAAGCUGGCUCAGGUUGCUUCAGAUGAUCCUAUAGACUGGAUGGAGCAGCCUCCUGCUGGUGUAGCUAUCCAGGGCCUUAUUAGACCUGCCUUCAUGGAAGAGCAAUCUGACAUCCAGAGACAUAUGUCUGGCAAUCAGUCUCAUCAUGCUGGUACAAAUCAGGUUGGGCAAAGCAUAGAAGGCAAACUAGAAGAACCUGGUGUGAUAAAUGGUCAUGAACAUAAUUCAGGAUCAUCUGAAGAUAUUUCAUUGUGGCGGGAGGAAUUGGAAAAGGAUGAGGUUCCAAGUAGUGGAGCUUCAUUUUACAAGCUGGAGAUGAUUAAAAUUCAGCUGAUUUCAGCUCAUGGACACCAAACUACAGUUGAAGUAGAAGACUUUAGGAAAGCACAACCUGAUGCGAUUGCACUUUCAGCAGCCAAAAUCAUAUCUCGCCUGAAAGCUGGCGGUGAAAAGAUUAUGCAGGCCUUUAAGUCUCUGUGUUGGAGAUGCAAGGGUAUCCAAGUGGAGGAGGCAAUGAUUAUUGAUGUAGAUUCUCUUGGAUUUGAUUUGAGAGUUUGUUCUGGAACGCAAAUCCAAACAUUGCGGUUUGCCUUCAAUUCAAGGGCAACCUCAGAAUAUAGUGCUGAAAGACAACUGAAUGACUUACUAUUCCCAAGGAUCCAAAGUAGGCUGCAGAAAAAGAACAUCGCUCAAAUGCCAUAACCCAGUUUAAUUCUGGAUGGCUUGUGUCGAAUUGAAAAAAAAAUCCAUGCAGUUCGUGUUCGUAUGUAUUUUUCAAUUGCAGUAUGCCUGGCAAGAAAAACAAGCUACUACUGAUCAUUGAGAAUCCAUUUUUCUAAGCUGCUUAAGAGAAACUCCUUAUAGUUUGUAUUCUUAUUUGUUUUUUCAGGGCCACAAAUGAUUAAUGAGAAAUCCAUUUUUUCCAA